AUGGCCGUCCCACAACACACGCUCGAAGCAGUGCAGACGCACCUCGGCCUCGACACCCUCCCGCCUGCCAACCCCCUCACCCUCCUUUCGCUCCACCUCGACGCGCUGCCGCCCAGCCUCGCGCGCGACGUCGGCGGCGGCGUGAGUCCAAAGGAUCGCGCCAAAGUGCCCGGCAUCAAGGCCAGGAGAGUGCUCUACGGUACCUCUGGGCCCACAACCGCGCCGUCAAGCUCGACUUUACCUGCAGCAGCAGCCGCUGGCGCACCGCCGCGUCCUCGUCCUCCGCUCACCCUCACUGCCGAGGCCGGCCGCGUCCGCUGGCCGCUCCUCUGGGAACGUCUGGGCGGCGACCCGCGCGUGACGGCCGCAACAACGUCCCAGCGGGACGAGUCCGACUGGGCGUCUACGGGCUUUAUGCCUGGCCAAGAACGCUUCGUGGGGCGGCUGGGACGGAUGCUGGCCGAGGAAGAGGAGGUGCGCGAGUGGGAACAAGCACGGGGCGCGAGGAUGCGGGAGCGGAGGAUGGACGACGUGGGGGAGGAGUUUGAGGAUAGCGAUGACGACGACGACGUGGAUAUGGGUGUGGUUCCCCGAGUCGUGACGGGCCCCAAUGGCACGCCCAUACCCGUGUCGGCUGGGAUAGGGGCCGAGGACCAGGAUGCAGUGGUGGAGAUGUUUGAGCGGCAGCUGCUGGAGCUGUUCAUCGAUGGAUUGGAUACGCUCGACUACGACGACAUUGACUUUGCCGAGCCACUGGCAGAAGACCCCAUCGCCGCUCGCGAUGCCCAAGACGCGUGGUUUGACGACGAGCCGCCAAGCGCGAGCGCAGCUGUGCGCAACGGAGGUGCAACUGGUAAUGGCGCCGGGCACGGGGUGCACGCCAUGGAGAACGGGCAGGGCGAGUACGACUAUUAG